UAGGAGGAAACUGUCAGCUGCAUUGUGUUCAACCAAUAGAAGAACAGCUCCAUCUUGGCUGUGCUCUAGACUGCAUUACAAACAGACGAUACCAUCGCUUCCAUCGCUUCCACAGCAUCCUUUCAGACAAGAGAUUCAAAAGAAAAAUACAAGAAGUGGAAUCUCUAAGAAUGGCUUCCAGUCACUGGAACGAAACUACCACCUCUGUUUAUCAGUAUCUUGGUUUUCAAGUUCAAAAAAUUUACCCGUUCCAUGAUAACUGGAAUACUGCCUGCUUUGUCAUUCUGCUUUUAUUUAUAUUUACUGUGGUAUCUUUAGUGGUGUUGGCUUUCCUUUAUGAAGUGCUUGACUGCUGCUGCUGUGUAAAAAACAAAACUGUGAAAGACUUGAAAAGUGAACCUAACCCUCUUAGAAGCAUGAUGGACAACAUCAGAAAAAGAGAUACUGAAGUGGUCUAGCUCCUACAGAAGGUGAACAAAACCUUUAAAAGCAGCUUUCAGCCUCUCCCAAGAUUAAAGAAAAUUUCCUGAGGUCAACUGUUACUAUAAAACUGACUCUGACUUUGGGUAAAAGAUUCCUAGAAGUGAAAAACAAGUGAAAUAUGCACUUUUUUUGUCUAUGUAUUCCUUUCAUUAAAUAUACAGUAAAACUGCA